UCAAAAGGAUAGUGAGGAGUCCAGUGUAAAGACCUUGCUGGCAGCAUACUUGUAAUAACCUACGUGUGUUGUGUUUUCGGCGCUGCAGAAGCUUUUUGGAGCGUCAUUCUUUAUGAAUUACACACAGAGCAGGAGGCGUCUCUUUACAUUUAGUUGUCUUAUCUGUGUUGAGAGGACGAUGCCUUUGAGGACCGGACUUUUUCUCCUGAUGGUGCUGAACGCAUCUGCAUAUGAACUGGAUCAAAACGAGUCUUAUUCGCCCAGGAGAACACGCUUUUCUGCCAAUAGCCCUUCAGAUGUGGCACGCUGUCUCAACAGUGCCCUCCAAGUUGGCUGCGGAGCCUUCGCCUGCCUGGAAAACUCAACUUGUGACACAGAUGGCAUGCAUGACAUCUGCAAGUCCUUCCUAUACAGUGCUGCUAAAUUUGACACUCAGGGUAAAGCAUUUGUGAAGGAGAGCCUUAAGUGCAUUGCCAAUGGCAUCACCUCGAAGGCAUUCCCCACCAUCCGCCGCUGCUCCACCUUCCAAAGAAUGAUAUCUGAAGUCCAAGAGGAGUGUUACAGCAAGCUGGACAUCUGCACUGUGGCCCGAUCGAAUCCAGAUGCUAUUGGUGAAGUGGCACAGCUACCAAGUCACUUCCCAAAUAGGUUUUAUGGUAAGCUGCUACAGAGCCUGAUGGACUGUGAUGAGGACACAGUGGACCGCGUUAGGACCAGCAUGGUGUCGCGGCUGGGCCCAGAGAUGACCAUGCUUAUUCAGCUGCUGCAGAACAAGCCCUGCCCAUCCACUGCUGUGGCUGCAGCUGCCGCCAUCCCAACUGGAGUGGAGGGCCGUGGGAGCUGGCGCUGGUCCAUGGGUCCCCAUAUGUACAAGAUCCAGCCUAAUCUGCGAAACAGAGACUCUGCCAGUCAUUUUGGCAAAAAGCGCUCAGCCAGUGACAGCUCCUAACUUCCACUCAGAUUCAGAAACUCCACACACUCCUCAAAACAUCACGAAAGCUCCUCUAUUCCCUAGGGGUGAUAGAAAUCCAUUCCUUCGCUAGACUGGAAGUUACAGAAAUAUGCACCUCUAGGGAAUGCCGGAACGCCCAUAGAGUUGAUAUCAGAGUUUGAUUGUUGUUAUAUUGUAUAUCCUACACUUUAGGCUUGAGAGAACCCCCCUUUCCAUCGAGUACGCUCACAGUUAGUGUUGAACAUGUGGCUGUUGCAUAUGUGCGACGUGGUCCUGUUCACUCCUCGUCACCUCCUCCAACAGAGAUGAAUCCUUAAGAUGUCUUUUGAUGCCAAGCAGAAAAAGAAAAAAAAAAACACAGCCAUAGUGGUUCACGCCUCUAGAGCACAAGUCCAGAAUCUCAUAAUCUCAACAUUUGUUCAUGAAUAGAAAUCAGUAGUUGGAUUAUUAUUAGUUUAUUGAUAGGAAUGGGACAUUAUUGGUAGACGUAUCUAAUAUUUCAGAGGUGGGACCAGUCAAAUUGUGAGCAUGAGACGUGGAAAUGAGUUUCAUAUCUAUUUUCUGACUAAGAUAACAGUUAAAUGUACUGUAUACUAAGUUAUCUGAGACAGCCAUAGCUAGCCCUCUAAAAGAGAGUGCUCAAACGGAGUAAGGUCUGUAGAGGUUUCAUGACAACCUUUGAGAGGUUACCUUAAACUGACCAAAAAACUUCAAACUGCCCUGAAUGCUAUUCAUGAAAUACCAAAAUAGUGUAUAGCUAUAGCACUUAUAAUUGUUUUGUUUUGUUCCUGAUGGCAGAUGUAGCCAUGGUCAUGUGUUUCAAGUCAUCAUCCUGCACAUAAGGAUUGUCCAGGUCGUGGCCAAGUCUAACUAUCAGAAAAAGUCCAUUUUGCAUAUCUUGUAUCCAGACACUUGUAAUGCAUAUGACUGUUGAGCUCUACGGUAUACAGUAUGUGGGACCAUGUUUAGUGGAAUCUGUAUCCAUGUUCUUAACUGAGCGUGAAGCAGCCGUGUAUGUGCGGUAGCUCAUUAGCAUGUUCACCGAUGAGACUGAGAGCAGCCAUCUUCUUGGACUGAUGAUCAUCAUUCUCUGAGGUGAAUAACGUGACAUACACGCUGGCUUCCUAUGUCAAGAUUAAGAGUGACUAUUUAAAAAAAAAAAAAGCCUUGUUGGAAUGAUAUUUAUUUUCCUACUAUAUUAUUUAAUGUUUUUUUUUAUUUU